AUGAAUAUUCUUUCUAAGCUCCUUAAUCUUGCUGCCAUCAAAGGUUUAUUCGGUUAUCAUCCUAAAUGCAAGAAAAUAGGGCUCACUCAUCUAUCUUUUGCUGAUGACUUCCUUAUCUUCUGCAAGGGAAAUUUAGAGUCUAUUGUUGGAGUAAUUUCCGUUCUUCAAAAAUUUUAUGAAAUCUCUAGUCUCCAACUUAAUGUGGCUAAGUCUGAAAUUUUUGCAGCUGGUAUUUCUCCAAGGAAACUUGAACUCAUCAAAACCUCUACUGGUUUCAAGAUUGGCCUUUUGCCAGUGAGGUAUCUUGGAGUUCCUCUAGUUCACCGGAAACUCACUAUUAAAGACUGCUACCCUCUUAUUGAUAAUAUCAAAUAUAGAAUCCACCAGUGGUCUGGGAGGCGCUUAAGCUAUACUGGUAGGUUAGAACUCAUAAAAACUGUUUUACAGAACAUUGCAAACUUCUGGUGUCGUCAAUUCCUGCUACCUCAAUCUGUUAUUAACAAAAUUAACCAACUUUGCUCAAGAUAUCUAUGGAAAGGCUCUGAAACUUCAGCCUCUGGAGCUAAAGUAAGUUGGAUCAAUUUAUGCAAACCCAAAUCUGAAGGAGGGCUGGGAUUAAAAGAUUUGAAAUCUUGUAAUAAGGUUUGCAUGAUUCUGUUAAUUCGCAACCUUCUUGCUGGUCAAGGUUCUUUAUGGAUUGCUUGGACUUACUCUUAUAUUAUAAAAAAUAACGACUUUAGCCAAAUGUCUCCUAAUGCUUCCUCUAGCUACAUAUUCAAUAAACUUAUAAAACUGAAAGAUGGAGCCAUCCCCAUUCUUAAUGCUGGUAUUACGACCACUAAAGGGAUUUAG